CACCCUCACCCGAAAUUGUGAUCUGGCUGCUCAAUUGGGAGAAAAUCAUCAACAUAAUCGGCAGCUGCUGGCCAGCAGAGCCUGCUUAGACUGUCGAAACCUCCUAUGCUAUUUUUUGGCGAGCUGCUCCCGUUUUGCUCGUCGUCGUCGUCGUCCUGGCUCGUGACCUCUCGCUUCACCUCACCAGUGGAACGAGCUCUCUCACUCUGCGAAGGGCAACAGCAGCCGACCAGCCAGCCAGCAGUGACAGAUGGAGAAAAAUCAAUUUUAGGCAGGAUUGACGAGGAAAACUUUUAGCUCGGGCUCGGAUGAAAAUGUGAAAAUUUAGGCCUACUGCGGUAGGAGUGCGUCCUCGAAACCUGUGCGAACGGUCACAUCCGGGUGCGGUCGUCGUUUUAACCUAUCCCCAUAGUAGAAAAAUGCCAGCGCGAGUGCGAAUUUAGGACGUGAAAAAAACAGCUUCACCAGCAUCCCUCGAAGAUUUUUCCCUGUCGGUAGUUUUACACAUACACACGCAAAUCUAAGCGGUUUUUAACACGGAGCAGAUUCCCGAGGAACGAAUUCCCCCACACCGCGUAGUAGCCACGAUAGCCUCCGGGAAUAGGACGAUGGUCACGAAGAAGACAGCUGACAACACAGAGAAAGAAAGGCUUACUAAGAAAAUGUGUUCAAACAGCAGCACGAGCGGCGCUGGACCCGCUGCAGCUGCUGGAAGUGGCCAGCUGGUCAGCUUCAGCGCCGGAACCACACAUCACGCUGCACACAGCCAGGACGCUCCGAACAUUCUGGUGUACAAAAAGAUGGAAGCCAUCAUCGAGAAGAUGCAAGCGGAAGGUUCCGGCGUUUCCGUACGCACCGUCAAAGCCUUCAUGAGCAAGGUUCCGUCGGUGUUUACCGGGGCCGACCUGGUCGCGUGGAUCUCGCAGAACCUUUCCGUCGACGACGUAACCGAAGCCCUUCAUCUGGCCCAUCUGCUGGCCUCGCACGGUUACCUCUUCCCGAUCGACGACCACCAACUGACCGUCAAAAACGACGGAACCUUCUAUCGCUUCCAAACGCCCUACUUCUGGCCCUCCAACUUCUGGGAGCCGGAAAACACCGACUACGCCAUCUAUCUGUGCAAACGCACCAUGCAGAACAAAACCCGGCUCGAGCUGGCCGACUACGAGGCGGAAAACCUCGCCAAGCUGCAGAAAAUGUUCUCCCGCAAAUGGGAGUUCAUCUUCAUGCAGGCGGAAGCCCAGAGCAAGGUCGACAAAAAGCGGGACAAACUCGAGCGCAAAGUGCUGGACUCGCAGGAGCGCGCCUUCUGGGACGUGCACCGGCCCAUUCCGGGCUGCGUCAACACCACCGAGGUGGACAUCAAGAAGGCGUACCGGCGGGGCGCCUCCAGUCUUGGAUCGGGGUCGGCUGGGACGGCCGCCAACAGUAACCCCGCGGAAACGAUGGCCAAGACAAUCAACCUGCUGAAGCAGAAGCUCGAGCGGCGCACGAUCAAGGUGUCCAAGGUGGCGGAAUCAUACAACGCAUACUACGAACAGUACAGCGAGUUCGACUACUUCCUGACCGUGCCGGACUACCCGAACCCGUGGCAAUCGGACAGCACCGAGCUGUGGGACACGGAGAAGCAAGGCAAGGACAUCCCGAUGAAGCGAGUUAAGCGGUGGGGAUUCAGCUUGCGCGAACUGCUCAACGAUCCGAUCGGGCGGGAACAAUUUACCAAGUUUUUGGACAAGGAGUUUAGCGGCGAAAACUUAAAGUUCUGGGAGGCGAUUCAGAACAUGAAGACGCUGCCGCAGUCCAAGAUCAAAGAGGCCGCCACCGACAUCUGGAACGAGUACCUUACGCCGGACGCGCCCUGCCCGGUCAACAUCGACGCCAAGUCGAUGGACCUGGCGCGCGAGUUCUUCAAGGAGGGUUCGACGACGGGGCCGAGCCGCUGGUGUUUCGACGUGGCCGCCGAUCACGUGUUUUAUCUGAUGAAGAGCGAUUCGUACUCGCGGUACCUGCGCUCCGACAUGUACAAAGAAUACUUGAACGGCUCCAAAAGAAGACAUCCGUGCGAGGACUUCGAAUAUUUUCUGGCAGAAAAGACACACCUGUGAUAAAUUAAAAAGAAGUAAAAGUGGGAGCGCGGACAUUUGGACGAUAAUCGAAAACUGAUGCGACACAACAGCACAAAUACUACAGUGAGAUGGGUUGAACUUGGAGAAGAUGAAAAGUGAGUAAACCAACAGAAAUAGCCAAAGAGACAGAGUUUGCAGAAUCAAUAGAACGACUUUACAGUGAAAAUCAACAGUUUAGUUCAAUACCGAUUGUUCUAUAGAGCAGUACAAUAUAUGAAACAGCAGCAGCAGAAUUACAAAACAAAAAAAACCGUAAACUAUAGUAGGUGAGUGUAUAGAGCAAAACAAGCAUACAACAGUAUAAACAAUAGUGGUGAGUGUACUAGGGCAAACAAAAGAAAACAAACAAGCUUGGCAAAAUGUGAAAUUCGAAGUUACCAGAUUUAAUCUGACACACGUGUUACUAAACUCUAGAGGAUAGAAGAUACAACCAACAAAAAAAAAAGCUAUGGAAACAUGUUUUAGAAGAAGAUUUAAAACAUCCGCAGUAGCCCACCAUUACUCGAACAUAAUAGUGAGAUUUUAAAGUUUGGAAAACAUUUUAGUGAACGCAAGUUUUUAAAAUAACACAAUACAAGACAACCAUAGAACUACCAAAUAUGAACAUUUAGCAAAGAUUCGAUCCCAUCUAUAAUCCCCACUAUAUCGUUCAAAGGAAUGAAGCAAAAAAAAAACUUAACAUAUUAUCAACUUCAAACUAAUCCCACAAUAAACGAACAAACACAAUCAUUAAUAUUGGACAUUCCACUCUGUUUAGCAGCCACCUAGCGGAACAUUGAUGCUAUAUACAAUUUCAUUCUCACCACUAAACUCAAUCAAACUUAACGAUAUAAACUCAAAACUAUAAACUAACAGUUAACCUUUUCGCAGUCUAGCAAAGAGCAAGAAAAUAAAAGUCGGUCAAACCAACGUUUAGAAAUCAAAAAAUUGGAUCCAAAAAAGAUCUCUAAAAUCCACACACACAUACACACAAGACUUGUGAUUGUUGUUACGAACGAAAAAAAAAACUUUGAUAAUCUGUUAUAUUUUUUCCUAUACUACUAUCAUCCUGAAGUCACUAAUCCCUGGAAGACGACGCUACUGAACAUUGGGAAACAAAAUUGAAACAAGGAAAAAAAGAAUCAUUCACACAGCUUGUAAAGAUGUGCGCGUAGAAAGUUUGUAAUUUUUUAAGGUUUUUUUUCUAUCACGAUCGAUUGCCUCCUUCUCGCUCUCGCUCGGUCAAGAGAAGAAGAAAAAGAAGUAGCGAAAAAUGCCAAAUGAUUUUAGGUCUCAGCUGAGUGUUGGGAGAAACUUUUAACGUCUUAUAUGAAUCUUGACUCGGAAGCUGGAUUCCUCCGUGAAAAAAUGAGCAUUUUUUAAAUCAUGUUUUUUCCUUUUUUUUAAUUUACUCGUAGACUACUCAUUCAUGAUUUGAAUCUUCUUUUAAAGGAAACCAAAUUCUAAACGAUUACGAAUCAAAUCAAACCAGUUUGUUUUUUUUUUCACUAAAGGAUAACUAAAAAAAAAAAACACUUCCUUCAUUUCUUUCCAUCCCCCCUGGACAUGAGCCUUCGAAGUGGGAUUAUCUCUAC